CGCGGGGAGGGGGGUGGGAAGCGGCGAGUAAGAUGGAAGAUGAGGAGGUCGCUGAGAGCUGGGAGGAGGCGGCCGACAGUGGGGAAAUAGACAGACGGUUGGAAAAAAAACUGAAGAUCACCCAAAAGGAGAGCAGGAAAUCUGCGUCUCCUCCCAAAGUGCCCAUCGUUAUUCAGGACGAUAGCCUUCCCUCAGGACCCCCUCCUCAAAUACGGAUCCUCAAAAGACCCACAAGCAACGGGGUCGUCAGCAGCCCCAACUCUAGCAGCAGGCCAGCCCUCCCUGUGAAGUCGUUGGCCCAGCGCGAGGCGGAAUACGCGGAGGCCCGGAAACGGAUCCUCGGUAGCGCCAGCCCUGAGGAAGAACAAGAGAAGCCCAUCCUUGACAGGCCGACCAGGAUCUCCCAGCCCGAAGACACCAGACAGCCCAAUAAUGUGAUCAGGCAGCCCCUGGGUCCUGAUGGUUCACAAGGCUUCAAGCAGCGCAGAUAAAUGUGGGUGCGAGAGGAUGCUGCCGCCGCUGCCCCCACCACCGCCAGGGUCGUCCGCCACGGGUUGCACUGCCGUGGCGGACAGCUGGACUUGAGCAGAGGGAACGACCUGAUUUACUUGCACUGUGAUCCCCUUUGCUCUGCCCACUGUGACCUUGAACCCCAUGCACUGUGACCCCCGACCCCCUCCUCCCACUGUGAUUGGCACCUCGACAAGGGCUGUCCCAAGUCGCUGUAAAAGGAGAAGAUGGGGGCAUGAGGUGGGUUGGGGGGGCCCACCGCAGACUCCAAGUGGAGAGUCAAAUGGUGCCACUUGGGGUGAAGCCAGUGCCAGCAAUAACAGUUUAUCAUGCUCAUUAAUUUGGGAUUUCAAAACACAAAUGGGAACGCCCCCAAACGUGCAUGUCUUCAUCACUUAAAUAGCAAGUUCCUUUUGAAAGGAUUGUUUUCUUUUUUUUUCUUUUCUUUUUUUUUCUUUUUUUUUUGUUCGUUUGUUUUUGUUUCAGAGUCUGAUUUGCAAGGAGAAGUGCAUGGGAGGGGUUUUAGCUGUUAAAUGAAUUUUUGUUUUAAUUGAGAAGGGUAGUUGAUAGUCUUCUAAGAUGUUUCAGUGAAUUUGCAGAAACAGUAACAGAUUGGAUUUUGGCAAGCUUAGCUUCUUGUUCUCUGUUCCUAUUACUGCCCCCAAGAGGGCUCCCUCCAUUGCCUGUUCUCAGCUGAGCCUCCUCUUGUUGGGGCCUUUUACGGAGACCAGGCCAGAGAGCUGGGGCUGGCAGGAGGCACCACUAGUGUUCAUGGAGGCGGUGAAAGCAGACAGACUUGCCCUCCCUUUCUCCCCAGGCUGGUCUCCCUACCCCAGCAUUCACAUGGGCUGUUUCCACCCAAGAGUUCAGGGUGAGGGAGGGAGGGAGACUGGUCAUACCCAGGUUUACAAGCAAGGGAAACUAGAUUUAUUCAGUAUUUUGCUUUCUUAUCCAAGGAAAAUAUGGGAACGAGUCUGGUUCCAAGGCCUCUGCUGAUAAGCCAUCUGUACAGUGUUGUUAGAAGGUAGCUCGAUUUCCCAGCGACAGCAAGGUUUGAACUCUUAGGAGCUGAGGCCCACUAUUGCUCAGCUUAUGGUACCAGUCCAGAGCUGAACCUGGCACGUUUCUUUCUAGGAGUCAUUGCUUUGGGGACUAACCAUGCUGAUUACAUUUGGAAAGAAGCCUCCAGUCAUGCCUUGGUUGGUGAUGACAGACUGGCUCCCUGUAGGUCGAAGCUACAGUGUUCACUCACCUCGCCUAGAUGCCCCCGCCUUCCAAAGCAGGGGCCGGAGGAGGGUGUUCUACGCCCCAUCUGGAUUCUGGAAAUUCAGCUCGGCCCCUUAGACUGGGGCAGAGGCAGUAGGUGGUGCCUGAAGUGGCUUCCUCCUGGGUCCAUAGGGUGUGCGUGCUGCCCGUACACUGUGGAGAGGUCCGAGGUCCGCCUUUCUUCUCAGUCCCCAUCUCCUCUCUUCUACUGCACUGAUUCUUCCUAGGACUUAGUUAUUAGCCAAUUCCCGCUUCUGGUUUUAACUGACAAGUUUCCAAGGGAUCAGGAGAUUGUUGCGUCCCACAGGUGGCGCGUAUGCACUGCCAAGCCAUAUUUAGACCCAGGGUGGCAGGUUGCAUUUGCUCGAGGGCCCUGAGCCUUGCCUUGUUUCAGUGGUGGCAUGUGUGCUGUCUCUCCUAUCCUGUCUUAUCCUGCCAUGGGGUCAGGCCCAGCAGGAGGAAAGGCCUGCCACUCUUUGUGGUCACUGCCUGCACCAAAGUGAGGGUCGUAAUGGGUUGAUCCCGAGGAGGAGUGGUGCCACAGUGAGUGAAAGGGACGUGAUAACCAUUGGCCCAUAAAACAGUGGCAUCAGAUUCCCUCCUCUCCCAGGGAAUUCCCUCCAGGAGUGGCAGAGGAAAGGGGAGGCCUGCUCUCCUCAGUUCUGACCCCCUUGCCUGAGUGCAUAGUCUAUACAACUCAUUGGCCCAGAGAGUGGGGGCGGGGAAUCCCCAAGGCACCCAGGCAUGCACAUCUUGGGCCCAGGAGGGGCCUUCCUUCCUGGGUCCUUUCUGCAGCAGUAAGGGCGUGUGAGGGUGGUGAGAGCAUGUCCCCCCCUCCCCUGGGCCUGGGACUUAGCCCUCCUUUGCUGAGGUGGGACUAGGUCCCAUUCUGGGCCCCCGGCAGCUCCAGCACCAAGGCUUUGCCUUGACUCCCCAGAGUGGGAAGGGUGAGAGAAGGAAAUAGGAAACUCUUAUUAUGUGUGUGAGUUGUGGGGUUGGGUCAGGGAGAUGGGAGGAGGAGGGGUUGGGCUUUCUGUGGUCGUCCACAUCUUUCCUAAGUGCAUUUCCUUUGGUUCAGUUUUGUUCUGUUUUAUUUUUUUACUUUUAAAAUGAGCUGUGGGCUUUGGCUUAGGAAAUCCGGGAUGGGGGUGGAGGGCAGUAACCCAAGGCUGCUGCCCCGUUAGCUACCUGUCCAUGGUAACAUCCUCUUCUCCAGCUCCUCUGACCCCAUGGGCCAGGCCCCUGACCUCCCGGCUUAACAGCUUCCAAUGAGCCACUUCUCCCACAUCAGCCUAGCUAACCAAAGGAGCUGGGGGUGCAGGGGCUGGCAGUCAGCCCCUCUCAGCCCAGUCAAUCAGGGUGCUCCCCACCUGCAGGCAGGAGGCAACACCCCAUGAGCCCCGCCCAGCCCUCCCUGGGGGAGCCUUCCUGUUGAGACUAGAUAGGUGGGGACACACUUGGCCACCAUGGCCCAGAGGCUUGAGAGACCUCUUGGAACCUUGUUUCUAGUUGUGUCCCCCCGGCCCCCCCCCAAGGGUGAGCCAAGGUCCCCUUGGGUGUGUUCAAGAGAGAACAGUAGGGGAGGGAGGGAGAGAUGCCAUAUAGCCUGCAGUUCUGCCCUGCUGGAGUAGCCGGGCAGCUCCCUGAACUCCCACCUCUCUCCUCGGGUCCCCAAGUCAGCAGAUUAAGCAUUUUAUAAAUUGUAUUUUAAAUAAAUGUUUUAAACUUGUCA